AUGUGGCAAAACCUGUCGACAGACGACCAGCAUACUAUAGUGCCUCACUUGGUACCUUACCGGCGCUAUAUCGAAGCAUCUUCUGUUAAACGCGUACAUUUAGGAGAGUUUGCUGAAGACUGUUGGCCAUCAGUAGCUAACUUUGUGUUGGCAGAGCUAAAAUGCGAUGCGAUUCAAAAUGUCGAUGUGCGCACAGAGCGCCUGGCGAGAUACAUUGUUAUACCAUUACUUGUCAGCUGCGGCAACACGUUGACUCACAUCUAUUUUGCGCCUCCACGUGGCGAAACAAUGCUGGAACGAUGGGAGACCGAUGUCACUCCAGAUAUAUUCAUACAGAAAUGCCCGAAUUUGACAAGCUUUACAUUUGUAUUUUCGAUAUCGUUCAAGUUUAUAAGGGAUUGGGCACCGACAUUACCAUCAUCGAUCAAGAACUCUCAUUUGACCGAACUUACGCUCGGUGUAGAUAGAGAAUUCAACCUAGAACCGUUUCUUCAAACGGCACCCAAUUUGGAACAACUUGCACUACUAUUUCCUGAUAUCAGGAUGCUUACUGGUCCAGUACUAUUUUCGCUGUUGGAUCAGCAUUGUCCACGGUUAACGUCGCUUGCGUUGACGAGUAAUGCACCCCAACUUGGUGACCUUGAUAUCACCGAAUUACAUAUGCCAAGAAGAAGUGAUCUGCAGCGACGACGACGACGACGAUCUUCGCAUCAGAAAUCGAUUGACAACAGACUGGCAGCAACAACAAGUGGAGAUUUGACGGAUCUCUUGUUACAUGACUCUGUGGGCUUUUUUCGCCAAACCGCUGUUUUCCUAUUGCAUCACUUUGUCCGACAUCAGCACAGCGUAUUAGAACGGCUCGACCUCUCAGGCAACACGUUUUCCGAGCACCGGGCAAUGGCAGAAGUAUGCCGCUACGAAUUUCCCUUAUUGACACAUCUGACUGUACGUUACAGCAAAACAGACGCAAUGGAUUUAAUGCAUCAGCUCAUUACACCUCGCUGUGUUCCCAAUCUCCGGUCGCUUCAUAUACGAGAAUGUCUGUACACCUUCACCGAUGCUAUGCUCCUAAAUUUGCCCAACACGGUUGACGAGCUCAUUUUGGAGGAUUGUUGCGUUGUAACGCAAGAAGGACUCGUCCGGUUUUUGGAAUCACGUCGUUCGACCCUGCGCAAGAUCGGCUUUAGACGGUUGGUCCAAGCAAUCGAACCUCAUGUGUUGCAUCAUGUCAUUGCUUCCCUACACAAUGUUAUUGACGAGUUAAUCAUUGAGCGGCUUACCGGUAUUAUUAUAAGACUUGUGCCCGACAUGAUCACGUUUUUCGAUAUCAUGCUGGAUGUGGGUAAGCAGAUGCGAAAGAUCCAACUCAGCUUUGAUGAUUUUUAUGAUUCGCCCGACUUUCUCGAAACUGUGCAAGGCAAAGCGUUUCUAGACAAGUUGGAUCGUGUGGCAAAUGAAUGGAUAUUUCAUUUUAAAGGCUGGGUUACCAUUACCCAUGAAGAAUAUAGACGGAGAAAACGAACCAAGUAA